AUGACGUCUUCAUCGAUGUCCGCGACCCGGACGCGCCCCUGGGCAGUAACAGCUGCGAAUUCCCUGCGAUUGUUAGCCUUUUCGACGACACCUUCUCUGGCCAAGAUGUCAUGCGCAACAAUGCCAAAGGCUUGCCGGUCAAGUUCCUCUUCUAUAACAUUGCCGAGCGCGGAGGAAGCUACGAAGUUGAUAUUCCCGACACCGUCGCUGAGCGUGUCUACACCGUCUACAUGCUCGAAGCCCUCUACGGUGAGGGGCGCUUUGUAG